UAGGCUCGCGGCACCGACCUCAAACGUCUAGCACGCCACCUUGACAGAUCUUCUCCCUGCUGGCGAAACUCCCUCGGAGCCUCGGAACGAAUUUUGUUCCGUGCGUCGAUGCGUACUGUUCGGACGCAGCUCGGCCUACGAUCUACGGUGGCAGUGAGUGUUUUCCCGUGCUUCUCUUCUCUGGAUUGCUCAGUGAUGAUGCUUUGCUUGGUGAAUGUGUGCGAACGAUAUGGUGAGCCUGAGAACGAGCUGACGCAGCCCCGUAUGCUAAUCCUCUCGUAUUGCACCUGCCAACUGGGCGUACUUUCGCUCACUUGUGCUCACUUGUAAGACAGAACCUGGAGACAAUUCAUCAUAGGGGAUCGAAUGCGUGGGAUGUGGAAGCGCUCUACAUUUGUGGUUGUCAGCUUGAAGUUGAGUAAUAUACAUAGGUCGUGUGAGCUCGAGCCUCGAGCGAUGUUUUGU